UAUUUAUUACCAAAAAUAACAGAAUACGGAUAUACUGGCAACAAUCUGUAGCUAAGCAACGGUCGUUAUGAUAAUUUGACUAUUACAGAAUUGUGUAUUGUUCUUAAAAAUAUUAAUAAUUAAAAGCAAUGGUCCAAAUAACUGUUGAAAUGGUACGUAAAAAAGCCGAACAUCACGACCGCUUACUAGCGCCUUUAGAAGAGAUUGCAUUACAUCAAGAGAACAUUGAGAAAAUUGAGUUCUUACAAGAUUGGUGUCCGAAACUGAAGAUACUUUUAAUGCAAAGUAACCUCAUUUCCAAGAUAGAAAACCUUAAUAAACUAAAGCAUCUCGUUUACCUUAACUUGGCUCUAAACAAUAUAGAAGUGAUUGAAAACUUGGAACGAUGUGAAUCCCUCGAGAAGUUAGACUUGACGCUUAAUUUUAUAGGUGACAUCGUAAGCCUGGAAAGUCUCAAGGGGAACUACAACCUACAAAACCUAUACCUUACGGGUAACCCGUGCACUGAUUAUGAAAACUAUGAAGAUUUUGUAAUUGGUACAUUGCCACAACUUCAUUAUCUUGACGGGAAAGAUAUUCAACGUUCUACAAGAAUCAAAGCCUUACAAAAUCUUCCCGUCAUAAGAUCGGAUAUAAUGUUUGAACAGCAGAACUAUAUGCACAAAAGAACAAAGCAAAAGUCACGACUUGAAAAAGAUAUUAAAGACAAAUGGGAAAAUGAAUAUAAAGAUAUGGACCCUGAUGAACGUAAUAAAAAAUUUUGGGCAGAAAAAUGUGAACAUGCCCCGGAAGUACGCGUAGAAAUAGAAAAAAUGAGAAGAUUGAAAUUGCAAAGUUAUGAAACUGAAGAAAAAAAAGAAGAAAAGCGAGUUUAUAAGUUUUUUACUCCCGAAGGUAGAGCAUAUAAUAUAAAUCAAGCAAAAAUAGAUUUCGAGUUUAGUGACCACGAUCCCGAAAAGUUUGUUUUGGACUUAGCAGUGUAUAAACAUUUGGACACAAACCUUGUUGAUGUAGAUGUCCAACCUAAUUACGUUAGAGUUAUGAUUAAGGAGAAAAUAUUUCAGCUCCAUCUACCGGAAGAAGUCGACACUACAAACUCUACCGCUAAACGAUCACAAAUCACUGGUCGCUUGCUAAUAACUAUGCCAAAGGCUAAACCCGUUAUCAAAAAGCCUACCAACACUAAGAAAGUUGAUGAACCUAAGAAAGAACAAAAUGAAGUAUGUUGUCAUGAUCCCUAUGGUCAGUCAAAACGCGAAUAUUUGGAAAUCGGUCCGGCAAAUAACGUGUUAGAUUUUACUAAUAUAACUCGGUCAAAAUCAACGCCUAAUUAUGUUGAUCCUAGAAUUAAAAUAGGAGAAAAAGAACCUUCACCAGAUUUUAUCGACAACCCUGAAGUUCCUGAUCUUCUUUAAGAUGAUUUGCAUAUGCAGCAAAAGGGAAAAUGAUAAUUUAAAUAAACAAUGUGUGAAGUGAUAAUGUUUUUAUUUGCAU